CGUUUUUCUCUCCCCGCCUCCUCCGGGAGACGAGCGCCAAACUCAAACUCUAUCUGGACCUGACGUCUCUCAGGCUAGUUCCGAGGGCCGAGCCUGUUGGGCUUUUCCGCACACCGGCCGGGACAGCGGGCCAGUAUGAGCCAAGUUCUGUUCCAGCAACUCGUCCCGUUGCAGGUGAAAUGCAAAGACUGCGAAGAGAGGAGAGUAAGUGUUAGAGUGAGCAUUGAACUGCAAUCAGUUUCCAAUCCGAUUCACAGAAAGGACUUAGUUAUCCGUCUGACUGAUGACACAGAUCCAUUUUUUCUAUAUAAUCUUGUUAUAUCUGAAGAAGAUUUUCAAAGUUUAAAAUUCCAGCAAGGUCUUCUGGUAGACUUCUUAGCUUUCCCACAAAAAUUUAUAGAUCUCCUUCAGCAGUGUACUCAGGAAUACGCCAAAGAAAUUCCAAGGUUUUUGCUACAGUUAGUUUCUUCAGCAGCUAUUUUGGAUAACUCACCUGUAUUUUUAAAUGUGGUAGAAACAAAUCCUUUUAAACAUCUUACACACCUCUCACUAAAACUUUUACCUGGAAAUGAUGUGGAGAUAAAGAAAUUUCUAGCUGACUGUUUGAAAUGUAGCAAGGAGGAAAAAUUAUCAUUGAUACAAUCACUAGAUGAUGUAACUAGACAACUGAACUUCACACAGAAGACAUUAUCAGAAAAAAUCCAAGAAUUAGAUAAGUUACGGAAUGAAUGGGCAUCACACACAGCAGCAUUGACAAAUAAGCACUCUCAGGAACUGACAAAUGAGAAGGAAAAAGCCUUGCAGGCACAGGUUCAAUAUCAACAGCAGCAUGAGCAACAGAAAAAAGAUUUAGAAAUCCUGCAUCAACAGAACAUCCACCAGCUACAGAACAGAUUGUCUGAGUUAGAAGCAGCUAACAAAGACCUGACCGAGAGGAAAUAUAAAGGAGACUCCACUAUUAGAGAACUUAAAGCAAAACUUUCUGGUAUUGAAGAGGAGCUGCAGCGAACUAAGCAAGAAGUCAUCUCUUUGCGAAGAGAAAAUUCUACCCUCGAUGCUGAAUGCCAUGAGAAAGAAAAGCAGAUUAAUCAGCUACAAACAAAGGUGGCAGUUUUAGAACAGGAAAUCAAGGAUAAGGACCAACUUGUCUUAAGAACAAAAGAAGCAUUUGAUACAAUCCAGGAACAGAAGGUGGCCUUAGAAGAAAAUGGGGAGAAAAAUCAAGUACAACUAGGAAAACUUGAAGCUACAAUAAAAUCAUUAUCAGCAGAACUUCUAAAGGCAAAUGAAAUUAUUAAGAAGUUACAAGGGGAUCUGAAAACUCUAAUGGGUAAGUUGAAACUGAAGAAUACAGUUACUAUUCAGCAGGAAAAACUCUUGGCUGAGAAGGAGGAAAAAUUACAAAAGGAGCAAAAGGAAUUACAAGAUGUUGGACAGUCUCUUCGAAUUAAAGAGCAAGAGGUGUGCAAGUUACAAGACCAAUUAGAAGCUACAGUUCAAAAACUUGAAGAAAGCAAACAGCUUCUAAAAAAUAAUGAAAAAUUAAUCACGUGGUUAAACAAAGAGCUCAAUGAGAAUCAGUUAGUGAGAAAGCAAGACACCUUGGGACCAUCUACCACCCCACCUUCCCAUUCUAGCAGCAACACGAUCCGAAGUGGAAUUUCUCCUAACUUGAAUGUGGUUGAUGGCAGACUGACUUACCCCACUUGUGGGAUUGGCUAUCCUGUCUCCUCUGCAUUUGCAUUCCAGAAUACCUUUCCUCAUUCAGUAUCUGCCAAAAAUACCGUCCACCCGAUUACAGGACCAAAGGUUCAGUUUAACUUGCAGUUUACAAAACCAAAUACAUCAGUAGGAGAUGUUCAAUCAGGAGCAACUUGCUCAGCAGAUAAGGAAAAUGGUGAAAACUUAGGGCUGGAAUCCAAAUACCUGAAGAAAAGGGAAGACAGCAUUCCUUUACGCGGACUCAGCCAGAAUCUGUUCAGUAAUUCAGACCAUCAGAAAGAUGGCACUCUGGGAGCACUGCCGACAGCCUCCAAACCCACAGGGCUCCCCUCUGCGUCUUCAGCGUAUUUCCCUGGGCAGUUACCAAACAGUUAA